UCGUAUAUAUAUAAUAAGUAUAUGCAGUAACAAAUAGAUGUACUAAACUCAUAUUCAUAUUGGCUUAUUCUGUAUUCGGGAAUUGACUCAAACGGCGCCCUUUUAACUCAGUGGUAGAGUAACGCCAUGGUAAGGCGUAAGUCGUCGGUUCAAAUCCGAUAAAGGGCUUUUUUUUAUCAAAAAAUGAUAACAGUAGUAUUCCUAUUUGAAGGAACAUAUACAAAUAUUCUUGAUAUUUGUAAGAAGUUUCUGUUUGUAAUAAAUAAAAAAAACGAAGGAAUAGUUGAAUUUCAUUAAAAAAUCGAAUUUAGAAUUGAAACUCUAUUAAGUUAUUGUUAUCAUUCGAAUAGAGUAAACUCAUUCUAGUUAGAAAGGGAAAUGGCAUUCUUUUCUAUAUAUAUUAUUUCUUUUUUUAGAAUGUGAUAUUUCCUUGAAUUGUCAGAUACUCCUAUUUUCGAUUAUUCCAAUCAAAUAAAGGGAGAGAUUCUAAAAAAAGUAAGUGGACCUAACCUAUUGAAUCAUAACUAUAUCCACUAUUCUGAUAUUCAAAUUGGAUAGAAAUGAAAUUCGAACUGUGGAUCUUUUUUUCUUUUUAAUACCUUUUUGGUUCUAACUCUGCAAGAAUCUGUUGAUAUUUCGGAUAAAAUCUUAUUGUUCCUAGGAAUCAAUUGCUACUCCUCUCCUCCAGUGGAAGGCUUAUUCUAAGUUCCAACAGACAAGUCAUUUGACUUCAAAAUAUCUUUUUUCCGAAUACAAGAAAAGAUCCAAAUUGAUUUCUAUUAUUUCUUGAAGAUAUGUCUAUAAAAAGAAUCGAAAAAUCCAUCAAAUCAUGACUUCGAGUAUCCAAAUUUGGUUUUCAUAUCUAUGCAUACGAGGCAUACGAGAUUUUGAAGGCAAUUAAUGGACGAAACUUGCACAUAGAGAAAAAUAUUCCAAUUUCUUACCUCGAUCCGCACGAAAGGGUAUACGUCGGAAUUUGAUUAAUCUGAAUGAAAUAAAAAUAGAACAAAGAAGACAAUAAAAGAAAUCAAUGUAAAAUAGAAAGUAAAAUAUAGGAUCCUCUAGUAGUUUUCUAGACAUACAAAUUCGAACCAUACAAAUUCGAAUAAUAUAGAAAACGAUUUUUUUUUAUUUCACGAACAAGAUUCAAGAAUAAUCUUAUUUGAUAAAAGCAGAGUAGUAUGUCUGGGGAUCUGCUAGUAACGAGAGUAAUAAAAGCGAUCGAUCAUUUGUUUAUGGAAUAGUUCUUUAAAAAAUGUAUUUAUAGGAUUUAUGAGUCAUAAGACACUUUUCGAGUCAUGACUUAGGGAAUUUUUUUAGAAUAGAAAGGAAUAAGCCAAUUAAGUUAAUGGAUUUGACCUAGAUUAGAUAUCAAUCGACAAAAAAAUAAUUUUUCUAUUCGAAACCCAGUCGAAAACAAGGGAGAGUCUACGAGAAAUCAUAUCAUAUAUAAAAUGAAAAAAGCCUCGAAGGUUCCAUCCCUGAAAAUGCUAGGAGGUGUUCGGAAAUGGUUUGAAGUAGUUGAAUAGGAGGAUUACUAUGACUAUAGCUCUUGGUAAAUUUACCAAAGAUCAAAAUGAUUUAUUUGAUAUUAUGGAUGACUGGUUACGGAGGGACCGUUUUGUUUUUGUGGGUUGGUCCGGUCUAUUGCUCUUUCCUUGCGCCUAUUUUGCCGUGGGGGGUUGGUUCACAGGUACCACCUUUGUAACUUCAUGGUAUACUCAUGGAUUGGCAAGUUCCUAUUUGGAAGGUUGUAACUUCUUAACUGCAGCAGUCUCUACUCCUGCUAAUAGUUUAGCACACUCUUUGUUGUUACUGUGGGGUCCUGAAGCACAGGGAGAUUUGACUCGUUGGUGUCAAUUAGGUGGUCUGUGGACUUUUGUUGCUCUUCACGGUGCUUUCGGAUUAAUAGGUUUUAUGUUACGUCAAUUUGAACUUGCUCGAUCUGUUCAAUUGCGGCCUUAUAAUGCAAUCGCAUUCUCCGGUCCAAUUGCUGUUUUUGUUUCUGUAUUCCUUAUUUAUCCACUGGGCCAGUUUGGUUGGUUCUUUGCGCCUAGUUUUGGUGUAGCAGCUAUAUUUCGAUUCAUUCUCUUUUUUCAAGGGUUUCAUAAUUGGACAUUAAACCCAUUUCAUAUGAUGGGAGUUGCUGGUGUAUUGGGCGCUGCCCUACUAUGCGCUAUUCAUGGCGCUACCGUAGAAAAUACCUUAUUUGAAGAUGGUGAUGGCGCAAAUACAUUCUGGGCUUUUAACCCAACCCAAGCAGAAGAAACUUAUUCAAUGGUUACUGCUAACCGCUUUUGGUCCCAAAUCUUUGGGGUUGCUUUUUCCAAUAAACGUUGGUUACAUUUCUUUAUGUUAUUUGUACCAGUAACUGGUUUAUGGAUGAGUGCUCUUGGAGUAGUCGGUCUGGCCCUGAACCUACGUGCCUAUGACUUUGUUUCUCAAGAAAUCCGCGCAGCGGAAGAUCCUGAAUUUGAGACUUUCUACACCAAAAAUAUUCUCUUAAACGAAGGUAUUCGUGCGUGGAUGGCGACUCAAGAUCAGCCUCAUGAAAACCUUAUAUUCCCUGAGGAGGUUCUACCACGUGGAAACGCUCUUUAAUGGAACUUUAGCUUUAACUGGUCGUGACCAAGAAACUACUGGUUUUGCUUGGUGGGCCGGGAAUGCCCGACUUAUCAA